GGUGAGUGUCAUGGCGGCGCCCUGAGAGCACGUACUGAAAGAAACGCAAAGCCCUUCAUAACAGACACCACAGUCCGCGUGCAGCAGCAGCCUGCAGCCAUGCAUGUCAAUACUCUGUUGAAAUGGAACAAGAGGAUGGCUAUAGUGUACGCUACCGGGGUCUGGACUAUGAUCGGAACAUUCAUUUUCUACAAAUACACAGGCCGCUACGAGGACAUGCCAGUGAAAAAAGAAGAAGAGGUGCCGCUGCCAGAAGAUAAAACUCAGCUCCUCUUCUUGACAGAACACUCCAAAGUCGUGAUGGUCUACUCGAAAGACUUUGUCCCGUACACCACGAGGAUCUACAAUUUCAUCUCGUCCUUCGACAACCCUGGGAGAGACAAAUAGCUGCAUCAGUGCAGAAAGACCAUGAACACUGAGCCAGUUUGAAUAAUGCACUAUGAAUUGAUGCUUUUGUGGACAUUAUCUGUAUUCCCUUGAGAAUCAUUGCAGCGUUGUGCAGGCGGGAGGGAGCUUCGGGUUUGUUCUGAUGCUAAUGCUUUGUCCCCUCAUAUGUUAUUGUGAUUCUGUCAACAACAUUCAAUACUAGCCAAAACAUCGUCAACCAAGUUGCCACGACUACUAAUAAACACAAUCUCUUCCUGAUGUAAGAAGAACUAUGAAAGCGGAGUGUUUAACAAUUUGGGGAUAUUUUAUAUUACCUAAAGAUAUUGUCAUCAUUCUGGGUGAGGACUGAGACAACAUGAAGUAUACUUCCUGUUUGAAAUGUUAAACGUUUGACACUGCAUCGGAGUAGAAUUGAUUCAUCUUUAAAUGUAUUAUUUACACUUCGCUUUUCCUACUGUGACAUGUCAAAAUGUCCUCCAUUAAAAAGCCCUAUGAAGUGAAAAA